AUGAGGUACUGUUUCGCUGGAGCCGAGGGCAUCUCGGGACUUGUAGUCCAGACAGUGGAACUCGUCAUCCCGGCAGGCCCAGCGGCUGCGUCAAGGUCACGUGCUGCCGCCGCCUUCGGCUGUGGUGACAAAUGCAGGGCGGCUGCAGAGCUGGUCCGGGAGGGGUGUUUUGCGGCCCGCGGAGGCGCGCUUUUCUUCCACUUCGGGGAGACCGAAAAGAAGUGCUUUAUUGAGGAGAUUCCGGACGAGACCAUGGUUAUAGGAAACUACCGGACGCAGCUGUAUGACAAGCAGCGGGAGGAGUACCAGCCGGCCACCCCCGGCCUUGGCAUGUUCGUGGAGGUGAAGGACCCAGAGGACAAGGUGAGCCGGCCCCUGAGCCCCGCCGAGCCCUCCGCUCUGCCCUUCCCCGCCAGACCCGGCAGGUGCUGGUUCUUCCCCUUCCUGCUCGCCGCAGCCGCUCCACUGCUGAGCAUAGCUGGGUGCUGGGGAGAAAAUCCCGGGCUUGCGCUCGAGGCCACAGUUGGGCUGCUGCGGGGCUGGCUAGCGGCUCCUCAGCUUCUUCCCGACUGCUGCCCGACUCGGCAGAGCCCCUUCCCCGCCCCGAGCCGCUGCGGUUUUCCUGGCCUGCGAGAUGGAAAAUCACCUGGCUGGUAGGCGUGGUUGGUGGAUUAAUUGUGGUGCUGGCCGUCAAAGAAUUCCGGUCACUGUGAUGCUGUGACACCUAGACUUGAGGAUUUCCCAGAACGGGGUGCUUCCCAAACCGAGUGAGCAGCUUUUAAUUUCGACAAGUAAGGAUAUUAAAGCCAAAGAAAAACAAAAAUCCUUAGUUGUCACCUUUCAUUUCAAAGAAGAACCAGACCAAAAGAGCGGAAAUGGCAGGAGCUCCGCGAAUAAAGAGCCCUUCCCAAGAGCAGUCACAUGUCAGCUCCGUCUCAGACCCUUCACCCCUGCCCGAGAAAGUUCUCAGACAGGCUUUUGGCAACUGCUGCAGAGCAGCUCUCUGGACCUUGUCGUGUUGUGAGGUGCUUAGGACCCUGUUUGCCAACUUUUAGGCACUCAGAGCGUGAAGCCCUGUUUCCUUCCAGCCUCAUCCCCCCGUAACACUUGCUGAAGCCCCUUUUCCCUAGGUCAUGCUGGGUGGGCAGUAUGGCUCUGAAGGCAGCUUCAUUUGCACCUCCCAUACCCCCGGCAAAUACCAGAUCUAUCCUGUGGUCUCUCUUAGAGUCCGGAUUAUGAUAGCAAUAUGUGCCAUUCCUUCUGGCCAGAACACACUUCCCCCAGCUGCUUCCUCAUCACAAAUGCAAUUCUAAAAAGCACCCUUCUCUGACCAUCUAGACUAGGCCAGCACUAUAUCAUGUCAUUUUUGGCGCAUAUCCUUCUCAGAAGCACGCACUACCUUUACCUGUUGUUUGAGCCCUGCCUCAUUUGGUAUCAGAUAUGUGCGAGAAUGCGCCUUUCUGGAUCAUUUUGCUUUUUCUAUG